AUGUUCGCUUUCGGCUUAACUAAAUCCUUCGAACGCUUGCCUACCGGCAGUAGCUGUAUCCCAAAUACUCUGAUUAACGGCUGUGUUGCUCGUUAUAAUACAAAAGUUAAUGAGAAUUUUUUCAACCGGAAACGUGAACUUGUUCAGUUCACAAAUGCAUUCAGUAGCCCUAUGCCGAUGCUUCAUGUCGUUCUAGGUCCUCCUAGUACUGGAAAAACUGCCUUGGUUCGUGAGAUAACGAGAAAAAAGAUAGAGGGUAAAGACCAAUUUAGCCCUCUUUUUAUCAACUGCCGUAAAGGACAUUUCGACACACCAGACAGAGUAUAUGAUUCAAUUUAUUCGCAAUUCAGUCCAUUUUUUGAUAAACAUAAAGAUUUCUUGAAGAGAAUUAUAGGAGGACAAUUCAACAUCGGAGAUGUAGGAUAUCGACUUGGUGAAAGAGGAGCAACUACUUCUAAUGAUGUCACAAGGCUUCUUGAUAAUAUUAGUGCUCAUCUUCCAAAUUGGUCCAUUUGGAAUAGUAACAAUAUACCUCCACCUAUUUUGGUCAUUGAUGAAGCGAAUAUGUUUAGCCAGCUUGCAGAGAAUGAUAAAAAUCUUCUCAAAUCAAUUCUGAACUGGCUGGUGGCAAAUACAAAAGAAGAAAAACGCUUCCACACUGUGCUUACCUCUUCUGAUUCAUUCUUUUUUAACUGGAUUGAAGAAGCCAAAAAAUAUUUUGAAAUGCAUAUUCUUCCUCAAUAUGAAUGCAAAGAACUUGAAGGCAAAUUUGACCAGGUUUGCAAAAUAACAGGAACAUGCAUGAUGAUUAUUGAAAUGUAUGUCAAUGAAUACAAAAAUUCUGAAGGAAAGCUUGCGGAUAGUCAAUUUUCAGUUCGUGAAUCAGAAUAUAAUUGGUUGAAGCAUGGUCUCAGUCCCAAGAUCUUGGCAUUUAAAAACGAUCCUGAUCCGCCACUUUGGGAAGCUAAAGAUUUAAUCAAAACCAUGGAUGCAAUAGUGAAGGCAGAGGAUCAGGGAUACAUCCUAGCAGAUGUCUUAAAUAAAGAAAUUGGUGAAAAGAAAGUCGAAUCACUUAUAAAGUACAAUUAUUUGCACUGUCGGACAACCUCACGAUUUGCUAAUGACAUUGAUGUACCACCAAAAAAAAUAGUUUUAACUGCGAUGAACCAACCAUCAGUAUGUGCAAUGAAAGAUAUCCUAGAAGAAUAG